AUGACUGAUUCCAAGCAAGCAGUAGUCUUAAAUCUUGCUCCAACCAUAGAUCAGAUCAAUGCUGAUCGUAUUACACAGCUAGCUUCAAAGUAUUGGGCACCAAAUUUACAGUCCAAUCAAUACUUACCUUAUGAUGCCAAGGUUGUUGAAGAUAUUUACAAUGAAGAAAUCUAUAAGUCUAAUUUUUCAGUUAGACGAAUUAUGAUCCUAGAAUUUAGUCAAUUUUUGGAAAAUUAUUUGUGGCCUAAUUAUGUCUCCGCAAAUGCUACGUUUGCACAUAUGAUGUCUAUUGUUAUAAUGUUAAAUGAAAAAUUUCGUGAACGAGUAGCACCUUGGCAGGCCUUAAAAAAGCAACCAGCUGAAUUUGAUGGUUUUAUUGAUCAAGUUUUACAUGCCAGUCUUUCCGAUGAUCACAGUAUAAAAGAACAAAUAGCUUUAGUAGUUUUUUUAAAUCAUUGUUUUCAAUGUAUGGAAACUGAUUUGGUUAGAAAUAAAAUGAAAAAACUAGUGUCAAUAUCAAUUUGGUGUAGUUUACAAGAAAGACGAAGAAUAUUGGAAUUGCGUCAAGUACCUAAAUGGCAAAAAUUAUGGAACCGAUUACAAAAAAAAGAUAAAGAGUUGUCAUUAGAAAAUAAACUAAAAGCAGAUCUUGAAAGAACUUUUUUACAUAAAUUAUGCAUUAAAUUUAUCAAUGUUUUAGAAAAUAUACCAUUAGAAGGUGAUUUGUCUAUGGACCAUUUAAACUACUGUGAAAGGUUUUUAGAAAUGCUUAUUGACUUAGAAACAUCAUUACCUACAAGAAGAUUUUUCCAUGCAGUUUUAGAUGAUGUUCAUUUAAUUAACCGCUGUUAUUUAGCUUUUUUAAGCAAACGUGAUGAAGGACACCUUUUCAAACAGCUUUUAGAUAUAUUAAAAUUUUAUUUUCAUUUUGAAAUUUGUCAAGCAACUGGUGAUCCAUUAAAAGAAAAUGAAGUGAUGCAAGCACAUUAUGAUAAAAUUAUAUCAUUACAAGCAACAUUAUUUGGAAAAUUUACUAAAUUAAAAGAUUUUUCUUUAUCUAAUAUUAAUGCUAUUGAUAAAUAUGAUUCUCUCAUUAAACAUUUCAAAAAUCUGAGUAAUCAAGAGCUUCAAAAUAUUGCUAUGGAACUAAAUUUAAUUCCUGACCAAGAAAAACGUUUGACUGAAAAUUGGUAUCGUUACGAUUCUGAGUUUUUACUUUCUUUAUUGGUAUCUCACCACGAAGCUAGAGAAUCACAAUUACAAAUUUUGAAUGGAAUGCCACUUUAUCCAACAGAAGAUAUUAUAUGGAAUGAAGCUGUAGUUCCUACUGAAUAUUAUAAUGGCAAUAAAUGUUUGGCAUUACCAAAAUUGAACUUACAAUUUUUAACUCUUCAUGAUUACUUGUUGCGUAAUUUUCAAUUAUUCAGAUUAGAAUCUACAUAUGAAAUCAGACAAGAUAUAGAAGAUUCUAUUACACGGAUGAACCCGUGUAAAUCUGAAGAUGGAAGCAUUUACUUUAGUGGUUAUUCCAAAAUGGCAUUACCUAUUGAUAAUUUUCUGGUUGUAGAAGUUGCAAAACCUAAUCUUGGUGAUUUACAACCUUCCAGAGUUCGUGCUGAUGUUAUAGUUACAUUAAAUGUAAAAAAAGAUGUUCAAGAAGAAUGGGAAAAUCUUCGUAAACAUGAUGUUUGUUUCUUAUUAACUGUAAAACCAAUUUUACCUAUAGGAUCUAGAAUUGAUUAUCAUAAACCAUUUCUUCAACAAACUGCAAUAGUCUGUGUUAGAGGCUGUGAAGUAGAGGGUAUGUUAGACAACAUGGGUCGUGUAAUUGAAGAAGGACCUGAUCCAAGACCAGUCUUACCUGGCCAAAAACGAACAUAUCGUGUUUGGUUAGAUUGUAAUCAAUAUCGUGCAGAUCUUGAUAAUGUUGCUGCUGGAAAAAUUGAUGUUUAUGAAACUUUCAACAUAAUAAUGAGACGAAAACCUAAAGAAAAUAAUUUUAAAGCUGUAUUGGAAACUAUUCGUCAUUUAAUGAACACUGAAUGUGUCGUACCUGAAUGGAUCCAUGAUAUUAUUUUAGGAUACGGUGAUCCAUCAGCAGCUCGUUAUGAUAAAAUGCCAAAUAGAAUAAAAGUAAUGAACUUUAAUGAUACAUUUUUGAAUAUGGACCACUUGUUAUCAAGUUUUCCUAAUCAUCAAAUAGUUCUACAUGAGAACAAUCCCGAUAAAAUGCUACCACCAUAUCGUAUUCAUUUUCAUGAAACUACUGAUUCAGAUGGUAAGAUCUUAAAAAAGGCUAUUGUUCAAUCUGAGAAAACUGUUAAUAGAGGACCUUACAAGUUUAAUCAACCUAAAAAAAAUAUGAUUUAUUUUACACCUACUCAAAUUGAAGCAAUAUAUUCUGGUAUGCAACCUGGUCUUACUGUAGUGGUUGGUCCUCCAGGAACUGGUAAAACUGAUGUGGCUGUACAAAUAAUUUCAAAUUUAUACCAUAACUGGAGGAAUGAACGUACAUUGAUUGUGACACAUUCUAAUCAAGCAUUGAAUCAAUUAUUUGAAAAAAUUAUGGCAUUAGACAUUGAUGAACGGCAUUUAUUACGUCUGGGACAUGGAGAAGAAGCUUUGGAAACAGAUAAAGAUUUUAGUCGGUAUGGAAGAGUAAAUUAUGUUCUAGCUAAAAGACUCCAGUUAUUAAAUGAAGUACAACGUUUACAAGACUUAAUGGAUGUAAAAGGAGAUAUGUCAUAUACUUGUGAAACGGCUAUGCACUUUUUUUGGUCUCAUGUACUUCCCCGGUGGAAUCAAUAUUUAAUGACAUUAAAAAAUAUAGAAGAAAAUUCAGAUGGCGCGAUCACAGUUAACAUUGUCAAAGACAACUUUCCAUUUGGACUUUUCUUCAGUGAUGCUCCUCAACCAUUAUUCAAAUGUCAAAACUUAGAAGAAGAUAAGGAAAUCGCUAGAGGUUGUUUUAGACAUAUCAAAAAAAUAUUCAAGCAAUUGGACGAAUUUCGAGCUUUUGAAUUACUUAGAACUGGUUUAGAUCGUUCACGAUAUUUAUUGGUAAAAGAAGUUAAAAUAAUAGCAAUGACAUGUACUCAUGCAGCAUUAAAGCGUAAAGAACUUAUAGAGCUUGGCUUUAAAUAUGAUAACAUACUGAUGGAAGAAUCAGCUCAAAUUCUUGAGAUAGAAACAUUCAUUCCUUUAUUACUUCAAAACUCUGAUGAUGGAUUUAGUCGCUUAAAACGAUGGAUAAUGAUUGGUGAUCACCAUCAAUUACCACCAGUUAUUAAAAAUAUGGCUUUUCAAAAAUAUUCAAAUAUGGAGCAAUCAUUAUUUACUCGCAUGGUAAAUUUAGGGGUUCCUACUAUUGAUUUAGAUGCUCAAGGACGUUCACGACCUAGUUUAAGUCAAUUAUACAAUUGGCGCUAUAAUAACUUAGGAAAUUUAAACCACGUGUUAACUGCUCCAGAAUACCAUAAAGCAAAUGCUGGUUUUUCUUAUGAAUAUCAGUUAAUUGAUGUCGGGUUGUUUAAUGGUGUUGGAGAAACUGAACCAAACCCUCAUUUCAUCCAGAAUUUAGCCGAAGCGGAAUAUUGUGUGUCAGUUUACAUGUAUAUGAGACUAAUUGGUUAUCCUGCUAGUAAAAUUACUAUUUUGAGUACAUAUAAUGGUCAAAAACAUUUAAUCAGAGAAAUCAUAAAUAUGCGCUGUGGUUCUAAUCCACUGAUUGGUUGGCCUCAUAAGGUAACUACAGUAGAUAAGUAUCAAGGUCAACAAAAUGAUUAUGUACUAUUGUCAUUGGUAAGGACAAAAACUGUUGGUCAUUUAAGAGAUGUCAGGCGUCUUGUUGUUGCUAUGUCUAGAGCAAGACUUGGUCUAUAUAUUUUUGCUAAUGUAUCACUAUUUAGCAAUUGCUUUGAAUUAUCACCAUCAUUCAAACUUUUAACAAAACGGCCAUUAAAAUUGCAUCUUCUACCAGCUGAUUAUUACCCUACUAAUAGAAUACUUGAUAGUCCUAUAGACACUCAAAGUCAAGUUUUUAUAGUACAAGAUAUGCCUGAAAUAGCUAAAUAUGUAUUUGAUUAUUAUUUACAACGAGUUCAGGAAUUAAAACAAGUUCAUCAGGAAAUUAAACCUGUGGAUAAUUGGAUUAAGCCUGGAGAAUCAGUAACAUGUGUUGAAAAAAAAAUUAUUAAGUCUGAUCAUCCUGGUGCAGAUUCUGAUUCUGAAGAUACUGACGAUGAUAGUGAAAAUGACAAUACUAUAAGAGAGAAAAAAGAAAAGAUUGGACCCUUAGAAAUGGAUGAAGGACAAAAAAUGGACGUUGAUGAUAAUAAAGUAUCACCAGAAAUUAAUAAAACUAUUAAUGUUUUAGAAAUGGAUGAAACCAUGAAAGAAGAUUAAUUGUAUGACUAUAUGAUUAUUUUUAAAUAUGUAAUUAGUUGUGUAUAUAGAGAUGAAUAUAUAUUUUUAA